AAUUCUGAUGGAACCUUCAAAAAAGUUUUUGCAAGGUGUUUUAAGGGAAAAGUUGUGCCGCUGCCGUACUAUUCCCAGAACAAAGCUUGGAUGACUGGAUCUUUGUGGUCAAUGAUAAUGAAGGAAUUUGACAAUGAAAUGGGAAAGCAAAAGCGAAAGGUGUUAUUAAUAGUUGACAACGCAGCCUGCCAUAAAGUUGAUGGUUUGAAUGUUGAGAAUGUAAAGAUUACAUUUUUGCCACCAAACACGACAUCACUGUUGCAGCCUUUCGACCAAGGGAUAAUACACUGCUUCAAAGUUUAUUUCAGACAAAUAAUGGUUCGAAAACAAAUACUUGCCAUAGAAAACGGCUUGUCAAUUAAACAAUUUAUAACACCGAUUUCAAUACUUGAUGCCCUUAAUUUUAUUAAACGGGCGUGGUGGUUUGUUAAAAGCGAUACCAUAAGAAAUUGCUUUCAAAAAGCCGGAUUUCAAGAAGAAGAUAUUUCGUUCGACCCUAUCGAGGAAAUAGUAGAUGUCCCUAUUGAAAUACAUAACUUUGAUGAAUACGUUGCGUGCGACAGUGGCAUUGAUUGCUUUGGUGUUCUUACUGAUGAGGAAAUAGUAGAAUUAGAAUUAGAAUGAAAGUUGAGGAAUGCACUGCG